CCGAGGGCUACUCAUCCCGGGAAUAUCAUAGCGGUCGGUUCUUUGCGGGAGGAAGACGGCGUUUUGGCAAAGCGUGGCAUGCGCACUAAUUGUCGCGGAGGAAUACUCGAACGAAGUUCCGGCGGAGCUGAAUGGAGGCAGUCUCUUCCUGGUGGAUAAACAGUGACAGCUCAGGGCAGCCACCUAUACCCACCACACAGGCUCUGGCGCUGCCCUGGCAAACAACACCAAAAUGGCUUCAGACAGUACACACAUCGCGCAGUUGACUUCUGAACUGUACUUCCUAAUAGCCCGAUUUCUAGAAGCUGGACCGUGUCAAAAAGCAGCCGAGACCCUGAUAAUGGAGGUGGAGGAGAAGGAGCUGCUGCCCAAAAGGCUGGACUGGACAGGGCAGGAACACCCCGGGACGUACGAAAAUUUGGUGAAGCUAUACCGGCACAUCAGUGCAGACCACCUGCUGCAGGUCUGCUCCAGAGUUUGUCCGCUGCUGGAAAGGGAGGUCCCUGCCAGCGUGCCUGGACUCACCAGCCUGCUGGGGGCCGGCAGGCAGAAUCUCCUCCGCACCACCAAGAGCUGCAAGCAUGUUGUGUGGAAGGGCUCAGCGCUGGCUGCACUACACUGUGGCCGACCACCCGAGCCGCCUAUUAUCUAUGGGAGCCCCCCUAAUAUUGUCGAGACGAGCUUCAGCCGUCGACUGAACGGCUCCUACCGUCUCCGGCAGCUGUUGCCCACAGCCGUGUACCAGCACAUGAAGAUGCACAAGAGGAUCCUGGGACACCUGUCGUCCGUGUACUGCGUCACCUUCGACAGGACGGGACGACGCAUCUUCACGGGCUCAGACGACUGCCUUGUUAAGAUCUGGGGAACAGAUGAUGGCCGCCUGCUGGCGACGCUGCGUGGCCACGCCGCUGAGAUCUCCGACAUGGCCGUCAGCUACGAGAACACCAUGAUUGCAGCCGGGUCCUGUGACAAGACUAUCAGAGUGUGGUGCUUACAGACCUGCGCCCCUUUGGCCGUCCUGGAGGGACAUGCAGCCUCUAUCACCUCACUGCAGUUUUCUCCUCUCUGUUGCGGCUCCAAGCGCUACCUGUCCUCCACUGGAGCUGACGGCACCAUCUGCUUCUGGCAGUGGGAUGCACGCACGCUCAAGUUUGGUCAGAGGCCCAGUAAAUUCACGGAGCGUUCCAGACCUGGCGUCCAGAUGAUCUGCUCCUCCUUCAGCGCAGGUGGGAUGUUCCUGGCCACUGGAAGCACGGAUCACAUCAUUAGGGUGUACUACUUUGGGUCAGGACAACCAGAGAAGAUCUCUGAACUUGAGUCCCAUACAGACAAAGUUGACAGCAUCCAAUUUUCACAUUGCAGUGACAGGUUUGUAAGCGGCAGCAGGGAUGGUACAGCACGAAUCUGGCAGCUGCAGCCUCAGGGCUGGAGGAGCAUUCUGCUGGACAUGCAGACCAAAUUACCCGGGAAGUACAACCCUCCUCCGCUGGAAGACAAGGUGACCAAGUUGAAGGUUACCAUGGUAGCGUGGGAUCGCCAUGACAGUACAGUGAUCACAGCAGCCAACAAUCUGACGCUGAAGGUGUGGAACUCCUCCACUGGCAAUCUUGUCCACGUCCUGAUGGGUCACGAGGACGAGGUGUUUGUUCUGGAGCCACACCCCUUCGAUCCCAGAAUCCUUUUCUCUGCGGGGCAUGAUGGGAAUUGCGUUGUGUGGGACCUGGCCAGAGGAGUCAAGAUCCGCUCCUAUUUCAACAUGAUCGAGGGCCAAGGGCACGGAGCGUUGUUUGACUGCAAAUGUAGUCCAGAUGGGCAGCAUUUUGCAGCCACCGACUCCCAUGGACACCUGCUCAUCUUUGGCUUUGGCUCCAGCAGCAAGUAUGACAAGAUAGCGGACCAGAUGUUCUUCCAUACCGACUACCGGCCACUGAUCCGGGAUGCCAACAAUUAUGUGCUGGAUGAACAGACUCAGCAGGCGCCACACCUAAUGCCCCCUCCCUUCCUGGUGGAUGUGGACGGGAACCCCCACCACCCUAGAUACCAACGGCUGGUGCCUGGCAGAGAGGGCUGUAGGGAUGAGCAGCUGAUCCCACAGAUGGGAGUCACUUCCUCAGGCCUGAACCAAGUGGUGAGUGAGCAGGCGGUGGACGGUCCCAGUCCUCUGGAUACUAUGAUUCAGAGGCUGCAGCAGGAACAGGACCAGAGACUGGGAACAAAUGACACCAGGGCAAGCAGAGGAUCAGUGGGUUCGCCCACUGAGGUGCACUCUCCACCCAACGUGGGUCUGCGACGCAGCGGGCAGAUCGAGGGUGUCCGGCAGAUGCACAGCAACGCCCCACGCAGCCAGAUGGCCACAGAGGGAGACCUGGUGGCCUGGAGCCGCAGGGUGCUGGUCCCUGAGCUGGAGGACGCCUCUGUCGGGAGACAGGUAAACUGGCGUGAGGCUAAAGGGGAGGAGGAGAUCAAUAUUUAUCAGUCAGAAAGGAGGAGACGUACCAUCCACUCUCUCCCCAAGGAGAGCAGGGUUCAUCCGACAUCAGAAUGUGUAGUUGACGAGGGGAGGAGGAGCCAGGGUAACCACGGCUAUCACACCCGUGCUGCCAUGGAGGAGACGAGCCGCCAGAGCGCCGAGGCUGCUGAUGACGACGAAAGCACCUCAGAGGGAGAGGUGGAGGUACGGCAAAUCAACGGACAUUCAUCAGAGGAGGAGAAGGAAGAGGAAGCAAAGGAACCCUGGCCGGAUGACCACAGUAGUUCAAGCGACUACUCUAGCGAUUAUUCCGACUGGACAGCGGACGCAGGGAUCAACCUUGAACCGCCCAAGAAGAGUGUGAAAGUAAAAAAGAAAAGCAGCAGCUCUGAGGAAGAUGGAGAGAAGAAGAGGGAUGGGAAGAAAGAGAGAAAGAAAGAGAAAGCCGACAAAGAUGGCGCAUUACCAAAGAAGAAGACGCCAAAGGAGAAGAGGAAGAGGACAGAGCUUGAGGAGCAAGGGCUAACACUGGAGGAGUGGCUACCCUCUGCCUGGAUCACAGACACAGUCCCCCGCAGAUGUCCUUACAUACCCCAGAUGGGGGACGAGGUAUACUACUUCAGACAGGGCCAUGAAGCCUAUGUGGAGAUGGCCAAACAGAAAAAGAUUUACAGCAUCAAUCCUAAAAAGCAGCCCUGGCACAAGAUGGAGCUACGGGAGCAGGAAUUGAUGAAGAUAGUUGGCAUCAAGUAUGAGGUUGGCUUGCCCACACUGUGCUGUCUGAAGCUUUCCUUCCUGGACCCUGACACCGGCAAACUAACUGGAGGAUCCUUCUCUAUGAAAUACCACGACAUGCCUGAUGUCAUUGACUUCCUGGUACUACGGCAGCAGUUUGACAAUGCCAGAAAGAGGCAGUGGAGUAUAGGUCAGACAGGUGACAGGUUUCGGUCAGUAAUUGACGAUGCCUGGUGGUUUGGGACCAUCGAGAGCCAGGAGCCCUACCAGCCUCAGUAUCCUGACAGCCUCUUUCAGUGCUACAAUGUCUGCUGGGAUAACGGAGACACGGAAAAGAUGAGUCCUUGGGAUAUGGAGCCCAUCCCUGAUGAUGUUUCUCUUGUUCCCCGCGCAGCCACGUUUCCCGAGGAGUUGGGCAUGAGCGUCCCGCUGAUAGAAGAAGAGCAGAAGGAGCUGCUCUACGUCCCACUGGACGGGGAGUGGGGCUGCCGCACACGCGCAGAGGAGUGCGAACGCAUCAUCAAAGCCAUCGACCAGCUCUGCACACUCGAUGUGGCAGCGCCAUUCGCCUUUCCAGUGGAUCUACAAGCUUACCCCACAUACUGCACAGUGGUGGCCUACAUCACUGACCUCAGCACCAUACGCCAAAGGCUGGUGAACCGCUUCUACAGACGACUGUCCUCUCUGAUGUGGGAGGUCCGCUACAUUGAACACAACACCCAAACAUUCAAUGAGCCCGGAUCAUUCAUUGUCACUACUGCCAAGUUUGUCUCUGACCUCAUGCUGCAAUUCAUUAAGGACCAAAGUCUGACAGACCUCAUGGCCCUCUACAAAACUAUGAAGAAGGCUACCUUCUCUGACUCUGAAGAUGAGGAUGAUGAGGAGGAGGAUGAAGAUAGUAAUACUCCUGGAACAUCCACGCGGAACCAUAAGGGUCGUCGACCCAUGCGGCGCCAACUUCGAACCCGACCUCCCUCAUACGACCCUCAUGCAUGGAGGGGGCGCUGCAAGGAGCUGCUGGAUCUCAUCUUUCAGUGUGAAGAUUCAGAGCCCUUCAGAGAACCCGUGGACCUACAGGAAUACCCGGACUACCUGCAAAUAGUCGAAUCACCAAUGGACUUUGGCACCGUUCUCAACACACUAACAGAAGGGAAGUACCAGUCUCCCAUUGAGCUCUGCAAAGACGUCCGGCUGAUUUUCAGCAAUUCCAAAGCUUACACGCCCAGUAAGAAGUCUCGGAUCUACAGUAUGAGUCUGAGGCUCUCUGCACUGUUUGAAGAGCAUGUCAGCUCCAUCUUGGCUGACUACAAGGCCAUCCACGGCCUGACAGAUAAACUGACCAGACAGGGCACUGACAGACAGACACGACACACUACAGACAGACAGACACGGCACGCCAUGAAGAGGAGGAGGAGGAGGAGCGAGUCUCCAGCCAGCAGCACUGCAUCCAGUCCAGAGAGGAAGAGACGUGUGUCAUCCAGAGUGACCGGAAAAAGGGAGCCAUCACCAGCUCCUUCACGACCCUCCUCUCUGAGGCAGAGCAUCGCCCCCAAACAGCCCCCACAGCUGGUGAACGGGAAGGCAGACACACCCGCUGCAGGGCGUACACGAAGUGCAGCACGCCAUUCUACACACACUCCACCCUCCUCUUCCUCCUCACAUAACACCACAGGCAACCCACAGAGCACAGCAGAGUCUACUCGCUCACUGAGGGCUCAUAACUCUGUGUCAGCUUCAACGCCUCCGGCUCCUGAAAAGGUGACACCCCCUCCAGCCACGGAAAGUAGCAGUGGAGGAAGCACCCGGAGGAAACUCAGGACUCCUGUACGACUCACACCCGGCUCUCCUGCCAGCCCUUCAUCUCAGAGCACAGUCCACCUGAAUGGCCACAGUAGUCAUGUGACCCUGGGCGUUGGGAGGAGGGGGCGGAAAUCCAGAGUGGACCCACCAGUGAGUCCUCCAGAAGUCACAACUCCGGGGAGCCCUUCCCGACCCCGCGGCCGCCCUCCUGGCAAGAAAAGAGGCAGGAAGAGCAAGCAGGAGCUGGAGGAGAUGAGAAGGAGCGGCAACCGCAGGAGCUCCACCCCCGAUGAUGAGCUUGACCAAUCGACGGGGGACGAAGGCGGGACGUCUUCCGCGCAGGAAACAUCUGUGUUGUCGGACUCUGGCGUGGCAUCGACGCCCAGACGGCGCGGCCGGCCCCGAGCCGUAAGGACAGAUGAAGCCACUCCUCCUCCUGCUGAGUCACCCGAGCCCUCGCCGCUGAGGAGGAGCAGCAGGAGAGCCAAUGAGGACGUCACGCCUCCUCCCCAACCUGCUCCUCAACGACCCAACCGGAAGGAGUCUCCAAAGGAAGAGGCAGGGGACGGGGCAAGUGGGUCGAUGCGCACCCGAAACCAGGGGCGACGGUCGGCCUGGUACAUGGAGGAGGACUCUGAGGAGGAGCAGAGGCAGUUGCUGUUUGAGGACUCAUCAAUCACAUUUGGCACCUCCUCAAAGGGACGCGUCCGCAAGCUCACGGAGAAGGCCAAAGCCAACCUGAUAGGGUGGUAACGGGGAGGAGGAGCAGGCUGGCUGCCCUGACACAGGAGAAAUCCAUGCGUUGGAGGAGCAGGGGGCUGAGUAGAGGAAGUCGUGCUCGGUGUUGUAUGCAUUUGUUGUGCGCAUAUGUGUGUGUACGUCCGGGGAGCUGCUAGUCCAGCUGCUGCUAUUCGAAGCUGUGGCUACGGAGAGACGCAGCAGCGCAGUUAUCUGUCCACUCCUACUUCCUCUGGGCCCAGCAAGCACACCGGCCCCCAAUGGCUUUCCGACGACGCAUGUUCAUUCGUUCCGACUCCUCCGCCAUUAUUGGUCCAUGUUGGAUCCCACAGGAGCUCACGACUCCCACGCUGGUGGUCUUGUGACUCGUCCUCCUGUCCAAUGAACCACUCUACACCUCCGUCUGACCUUAAACACUGUUGGUGUCAGACUUGGCAAAACAGUAGUCGUUUUAGUACUUGAAAGAAAAAAGAAAAAAAUCACGAGGAGAGCUGGAUGUAUCUUAACUCACUCUUGCUAUUUUUGAGGACUUUUCAAGAGUCUCUGCUGGGUAUGUCAAAGAUGCCCACUGAGCUGAAAUUGUUAGGUCUGUGAGGGAUUACAGACCACUGGCCUGACAACGUCUUUCGCCCCCCCUCUUCUUCAUUGUUCCUGCUCUUUUUUUAUACAGCCCUCUCUGCUUUUUCUAAGAUUUGUACGUGAUGAUCGGCCCUCUGUUUUCGGAAGUCUUACACAUUGGCUGACCUGAGCGUGUCUGUCUGCGCUAAAAUACCAAAUGGUGUACCUUUUGUUGGUACUGUAGAUCUGUAGGUGUUGUUUACUGUUGAUGUGUGUGGGUGCGCCUGGGUGUUUUUUUUUUUUUGUUUUGUUUUUUUUUUGCAUGUUAGAAAGUUUUUACUAUGAGGAGGAGAAAAAGGAUGCAUGGGUGAAAGGGGUCAUUUAUACAUGUCUGGAUAGAUCAUGUUUCAAUGCGUCCUCAACAUUAGCAAUACCUUGUGCCUUUAUGUCUGUGGUGUGCGUGCGUGCGUGCGUGCAUGUGUGUAUAAGUGCGCUUGGCCUCUGCCCUGCAAAGUACAUGUGCCUGUAUGUGUACAAACUAAGUUGUGACUCUUGCGAGUGUGUGUAGUUGAAGGAGCGUGUGUGUUUUUAUAACACAGUUGAGUGUGUCAUUCAAUUUCAGCGUACAAACAGUGGCAUACGGUUUGAUCGUUGUGAAACCUCUCAAAGAAAUGUAUUUAUAGCAGUUGAAAAAAAAGACUUUACUGUUGUUGUAAAACCAUUAUUCAUGUCAAUAUAUUAUCCUAUAACCAACCUAUCGUCAGUUUAUACCUAAGGUACAGCCAGUGGAGCUUUGGGUGACUAGCUUUGAGAUGCACUUACCACAGACCGAUUAUCAAUGCAGUCGUAGGGAGUAACCCUGUGUAUUUUAAAAUUGUUAACAUAUAAAAAUGGACUUUUUAAAUGUUGAUAUGUUUCUAUGGUGACCAUACACAAACACAAAUCUGUCUCGCAUGUUCUAGCACUUUCUCAUGCCUGGAAAAAAACAGGAUCGAGCCGGAUCAAACUGGAUCGAAUUUGGAGAGAGAGAGGGACAAGUCUUACAUUCAUAUUUCUGAUUGUGUGCCUUCGCUAUUCUGGCAUAUUGAACCCUCGGUUUCUGCUUUUGGGCCCCCCCUUUCUUUUUUUUUUGGGACAUCCCGGGACCGGACUGGACUUCACAGGCUCGUAUUGAGAGCUUAUGGAAGAGAGAAACGACUGACUGGGGACAAACAUGUCGCUCUCUCCCUGUACACACAUCUAAUGGAGUUUCUACAUAUGACCACCUCCACGUAUUUUUCUGUUUUCACCCCAGCACAAAGCAACCGAAUGCCAAAAUCCAAAUCAACAAAGUGUUGUGGGUUUGACUGGGGAGAACUGGACGGUAGCAUCUAUAUACACCCGGUUCAUUUCAUAGCUCUUUCUUGUCACAUAUUAUUCAACAUAUAUCUCAUCUGUUUAUUAUUGUUUUUGUUCUCUUGUUAUGGAUUUGUCAAUGCCAAAUUCUGUCUUUGGGCACUGAAGUUUUAGAACAUGGCUUUUGAAUGUGUUUAUUUUCUGUCUCCACAGUGAGUGUGUUGAGCUUGAUUUACAUAUAAUGUGUCAACUGUUUUCUGUCUGUGUCCUUGCCAUACAGGACAAUGUUUCAGUGGCUAGAUCUGUGGAGUUAAAUUGGUGUUUUAUACUCCUCGCACUUAUUUGAGGAUACAAUUAACAACUUCUUUUUUUUCUGUCAGUCUGGCUUAUAUUUACUUCACAAAAUGUUUGUUUAUAUUGUGUAUAUGAAGAGUUUUAUUCCAGAUUGAGACAGCCUAAAACACUGACACUUUCCUCCACAAAUGACUGUUGGCAUGAAAAUAAAUGUUAUUGUUGGGUUUCUAUUGAAGAUAGGAAGCUAAUGAUCGUUGCCCACAAAACUGUGUAAUUUGUGGGCAAGGACAAACUCUUCAUAGGCACAUAAAGGUUUUGGAUUUUUUUUUUUUUCUUUUCUAUCUCAAUCACAAAUAAUCAUAUUUACAUAUAUG